UACUUUCGACAAAGAUCGCGGUUUCUGAUACAGCUGUUUUCUAACACCUUGGCGGAGUCUUAUCAGGUUGGGUUCCCUUCUAAUUGCAGGUGAGUGAGCGCCCGGUGAUGUAUGCGCCCUCUCCGCAUACUGUGUGGAACCCAGGCCCAACACCUUGACAACACUACCCGCUGUGACGAUCACCUCUUAGUACAGUGGAGUGGAAAGUGAGUGAAGGAGAGACAGUGAGGUUAUUUGCACUCAAGCUCCUGUUUCGUUUGCACCAACAGCAACUGGACAGCUGCUGUUUAUUCGAUUAAACCAUAGCUGACUGAGCAAGUUCUGACUAUUGUUGGGUCAAGUAUAUACAAGGAUACGGUUUAAUUAAAGGUAUAUUUGGCAGUGGAAGAGAUUAUUCCAUCGUCUAGUUAACGUGCGCCGUUACUUAAGUUAAUGAGUGCAUACGUAGUGCACUGUGAUACCAUUCACAGUUAGUGGAAAAGAGACGCUCUGCCUGAACUAUGGCACAAGUCAGCUGACACAGGACAGACUUUAUUCAUUUUGACCCUGUUCUUACUUACCUAGCAAUUUCAAAAGUGACAUAAACUUUUUUGAAACCAUGGAUGAGACGGCCGCGAUGUAUGCGGCAGUUCAGAAGCAUUCAACGCCCGUAGCUCCGCCUCGGAGUCGAAAGAAAAGCAGCACUAGUAGCAGCACCAGUGGCAGCACCAGUGGCAGCUCUACUCCCAGAACAAACCAGGACCCUGUCGCCCCGCCUAGACGGAAAUCGGUGGAAAAACAAAACCGAUUGGUGGAAUAUAAGGAAGUCUAUAGUAGCCUUCGAUCUGCUUGCAAGUCACAUAACCACGAGAAGAUCAAGGACUUAUUAAAGACACACGAAAAAGCAGCUCUAGAUUUGUGUACCCGGUUUGAACAGUCGGAGGGGCAGGGGUCUCUGAUGGCGAACGCGGCGUUAAACUGUGCUACAGACACCUUAAAAUUGUUCUUCGAUGCCGGAAUUCCUGUUAACUGCAUGGAUUUGAACGGAGAAACGGCUCUUCACGCAGCUGUCAAGGGAAACCAUGACGCCGUCGUACACUUUCUUUUAAAGAAUUACACCGAAGUGGACGUGGAAUUACGAGACUUGGACGGCGCGACAGCUCUGAUAACGGCGGUUGAAAACGGCAACAUAGAAAUCGUUAAGAUGUUACUGGAUUGCAAAUGCAAUCCAAACUGUUCCUACAAACACGGGUUUACUGCUCUGCAACAAGCGGCCGCACAUUCAGAAGUAGAAAUAUGCAAGGUGUUACUGGAGAACGGCAAGGAUAUCGAUAUCAAUCAGCCAGACGAGGACGGAAACACGCCGCUGAUUUUGGCAGCAAGCAUAGGGUGUGAGAAAGUUGUAGAGGCAUUAAUAAAGCAUGGUGACUGCGACAUAAAUCGCCACAACAAACAGGGCUUUACGGCACUCCACGGGGCAGUGGACGGCGGAUACAGGGACGUUGUGUCCAUCCUUGUUGAGGCAGGUGCGCAGGUAAACCAAGUCCCGUCAACCGGUGUGACAGCUCUUUUCCAAGCUGUGGAAAAUGGAUUCGAUGAAAUCGUAGAGAUCCUUCUAGAGAACAAAGCUGACGUCACGUUAGCUAAACCGGAUGGGUCAACCCCUCUUCACGUCGCUGCAUCUAAAGGGCGUGAGCAAACGCUGCGGAAGCUCAUCAAAUCAGGCGCUUGUAUCGACCAGCAAGACAAUGCCGGUGCCACGCCCUUGUUUGACGCGGCUUCCAAGGGACAAGAAGAAGCCGUGAAACUCCUCAUCGCCGCCGGGGCUAACUUGCAGUUAUCGGAUAAAGAAGAAUGGACGCACUUACACGUAGCUGCCAGCAACGGGCACGCAAAUUUAAUAGAACUUCUGGUGGAUGCCGCAAGCGAUAACAUAAAUAAACAAGGCAAGGCGGGGGUAACGGCUCUGUAUCUUGCAGCCCAAAAUGGUCACGUGGUGGCUGUCAGCGACUUGCUGGAACUAGGCGCCGACUUGAACAUUGCAGAAACAACCAAGUCUCGCACUCCUCUCUUCGCCGCCGCUCUCAACGGUCACCUCGAUAUCAUCAAGUUGCUUCUUUCAAAGGGCGCCGACAUCAACUCGCCGGCAUCCAACGGCUGUACACCACUCAUGGCGGCCACGUCGUCACGCCACACUAGAGUCGUCAACUUUCUCCUAGAGAACGGUGCCAAGGUCUCCGGACACGAUGAUAAAGGGUUCGGUGCUCUCCACCUCGCCUCAGCCAGUGGGGAUAUUACUCUGGCUAAGUUAUUCGUCGCUGCCGGGGCUGAUGUUGACGCUCAGUCUUUUACUGGCAUAACAAGUUUGUAUCUUGCGGCACAAAACGGCCAAACUGAUAUGAUAAGGUUUCUGCACUCUAAACAAACUGACAUGAACGUCAUUGGGAAGAACGGGUAUAGCGCUCUCCAUAUAGCGACCAUUAUGGGUCAAGAAGAUUCGGUAAAGACGCUGCUUGAGGAAGGUGCUGACAGCGAUGUUUGCAGUGCAAAAGGAGACACCAGUUUGCUGCUUUCCGUGAUCUACGAAAAGUCAACCAUCACAGAAAUCUUAAUAUCAUAUGGUGCAGACGUGAACUGCAAAGACUCAGACCAAAAAACGCCCCUUCACCACGCCAUAGAGAGGCAUGAUAUUCUAAUGUUGGAACUUCUCUUGGAAAAUGACGCUGACCCGAACAGCCAAGAUGUCGCUGGCUGGACCCCGCUUCACAUAGCGUCUCAGUUAGGGGACACCGAUGCAGUCUCCGCUCUACUUUCCAAUGGCGCUGACGUCAACAAAGGUGACGUCGACAUGACGACACCCCUUCACGUGGCUGUUUACGCCAAACGCACUGGGGUCACGAAGCAGCUUGUUAAGGCUGGUGCCGAUGUUUUAGCAGCCGGCUUUAAAGGACAGUCUCCCAUGGACUUGGCGGUGACCUCUGAGAUACGCAGAAUUCUGGACGCUGCUGUAAAGCGGUGAAGCUAAAAAACUAGUCAACUGAUUUUCUUUUUAUUGGUAUCACUUACUAGGACAAUACCAUGGAUGUAACACGACUGAUUUAAAAAGCAUUCAUAUUAAUUGAUCUCGCAUAUGACUUUGCAGAGUACGAUAUGAACUCUCCAUGUUGUCACAGCAUAUCCCCAACAGCAAGUUAUAUAGUAGAUACAUUCAAAAACCUGGUACAAACGACAUUGGCGUAUUCAUCAGAUGGCAUCCUUCAUCUUCAUCCAAAACAAGAGGGAAGAAGAUAUCAUUAGACACAUGUCAUCAUAACCGUUUAAGGGCAUGAAUUUCUGUUAAACAAAUGUCAGUAUAUAGUCAUUAUAUUUAUAAUAAGCCCGUACGUCGCGGUAACAUUAUUACUUCCAGAGUUUGCAAAAAGAUACGUCGCAGCAGAAAUACAAUGAAACAGAUUUAUGUAAUGCAUUUAAGCAGUUACCGUAAUUAGACGUACAAUAAUAGCUGGGUUGUAGUUACACAAAUACAAUUGCAUGUAUUUCACAUGUGAACUCAUUUUCUUGCUUUUUUGACGAAAUAAUUUGGGCACAGCAGACAGGAGAAAGGAGAUGUUUUGGGGAAGAUGAGAAAAACCAAGGGACAGGGCCGAUUUUCGAAUAUCAUUCACAAAUUUACUGGUUAUUUCUGACCUGACACGUCUACUGGAUACUCAUUUAUCAACUUCAUGUGAAUUUUUAUGUUUAGCAUUUUUUGGGGGAGGGCAUAUGAACGUUCAAAUGCUCAUCACAAAAUUUGAAUAAUAAUGACAUAUUUCAAACUUAAAUCAUGGAUGCUAAUCAUUCGAAUGUAAGAGAUUAAAUAGAGGCCACUUAUAUACAGAUGGUGUGAUGGAAAGAUGAAAUUUCAACAUAUUACUCAGAACGCCUAUUUUAAUAUUAAUGUAUUUGAAUCCGGCAUCUUUCACAUCUGGCUGGUGACCAGCUUUCUCCGACUUGGCCGCCAAUGGCAAAUAAAC